GGGCAGACCGCGCGGACAACGGUCAAUACCGACACACUCGUACUUCCGCUCUGUUCCUCUCAUCCUUAAAUACUUCGUGAAAGCCAAGAAAAAAAAAUAAAGACCGAACAAAUAAACAGCUAAAAAAAAUAAAACUCCCGCCGGCAGCAAACUCGCCACCACGGCUCUGAUCACCGUCUGCCUCCGGUGCUGCCUCGGGCAAAGUCGCAGCAGCUCAACUUUCUCGAGCUCUGUUUGGGGGCGCCUGGGAGUGGAUUGGUCCAUGGCUCUCCGUUUCGAGGUUCUCGGACGGUUUAAUCGUGCUCGUGCAGCUCAACUGACGCUCCCGCACUUUGUGUGCCAGACCCCUCUCUUUAUGCCUGUAGGAACGCAAGGGACAAUAAAAGGGUUGACGAAUGACCAACUUGAGGAGAUUGGUUGCCAGAUCAUACUUGGGAAUACAUAUCAUUUGGCGCUUCGUCCUACGUCUGAGCUUCUAGAUGAACUGGGCGGUCUUCACAGCUUUAUGAAAUGGCCCAGGGCGCUACUCACUGAUUCUGGCGGAUUUCAAAUGGUAUCAUUGUUGCACUUAGCUGAUAUCACGGAAAAGGGCGUAACCUUUCAGUCACCUAUUGAUGGAAAGCCAAUGCUCCUAACGCCAGAGGAAUCGAUUCAAAUUCAAAAUAGAGUUGGAGCGGAUAUAAUAAUGGCUCUCGAUGACGUUGUGAAAACCACGAUUACUGGUCCAAGAAUUGAGGAGGCCAUGUAUCGCACUCUUAGGUGGAUUGAUAGAUGUGUAGCAGCUCAUAAAAGACCAAACGAGCAGAAUUUGUUUGGAAUAGUGCAAGGCGGUUUAGAUCCUGUUCUAAGAGAUAUUUGUGUCAGAGGCUUGGUGGAGCGGAAUUUACCAGGCUAUGCUAUUGGUGGUCUUUCAGGCGGUGAGGACAAAGAUUCGUUUUGGCGUGUUGUUGCUCAGUGCACUGCUGCAUUGCCCGAAGAUAAACCGCGAUACGUUAUGGGUGUCGGUUAUCCCCUCGAUAUUGUUGUCUGCAGUGCACUGGGGGCUGACAUGUACGACUGUGUUUAUCCUACUCGUACUGCUCGCUUUGGCACAGCUCUUGUACCUGAGGGGGUUCUAAAGCUGAAGCAUCAAGCCAUGGCCGACGAUACUCGGCCUAUAGAUCCUUCAUGUAGUUGCAUGGUCUGUAAGAAUUUCUCCCGGGCUUACAUCCAUUGCUUGGUUACGAAAGAUGCCAUGGGAUCUCAGCUUUUAUCAUACCACAAUUUGUAUUACAUGAUGAAGCUUAGCCGGGAUCUGCACUCAUCCAUUGUCCACGAAAAGUUCCCAGAAUUUGUAUGCAAGUUUCUGCAGAAAAUGGUACUCGGAAAAAAAUUUAGUCCCCUUCCUCGCUCUCUCCCUAUUGUUUUUGUUGCUUAUGAAUUUGUAGUCUCUCGCCAAAUAAACUUGUGUUUCUUUCUGUACUCUGCAGUUUCCCAAGGGCGAUGUUCCAGAAUGGGUCUGCAAUGCGAUGGAAGUUGCCGGGAUUGAUAUAUCUUCAUGCUGUUACCCAAUUUCCUCUUCCUACGACUUGAAUUCAUAUGAGCAGGUACGGCAAGAUUGAAUACCGUUUCAAGAGCUGCAACCUUCAACGAAGAGGUUGAUGACAGCGAGGCAGAGGCUAUUCAUUGUUAGAAGAGCAGCAUCAGUUUUGUAGUCCUAUAGUAUGCUGCUUAACUUUGAUUCUUUCUCCCUACUAUAUUAGGGUAGGUGAGUCUCAAACUUGAGAUAUUGUGGGCGAAAUUCAAGUCCGGGUCGAGUUAAUCAAGUUUGGAAAAGAAAUGUUCCCGUUUUCUUAAUACAGGAGAUACAUAGAAGGAACGAUUUCCUCUUGAACUGAAGUGUAAGGAAAUAUAAUUAGACUGUUUUCCUUGGAAUAUUAGUCAUGACUUCCUCC